UUGUGUGUGUGUGGCCUGCAUGUGGGUGCAUGUGGAUUUCUGUGUGCAUGUGUGUGUACAUGUGUGUGUGCAUGCGUGUGUGCUUGGUCAGUGACUGUAUAGGCAUAAUCCUUGUGUCUUAUUUGAGUGUUUUCAUUAGUAAUCCCAGCCUAUUUUUCAUCAUCAACGAUAUUGACGACAUGAAUAAUAAUAAAAUAAUAAUUAAUUUGAGCAGAUUAAUAUAGGGGUUGCUAAGAUUCAAUCUUUUUUAUUCAAUCAAGACUUCAUAAAAAGUAAAGGCAAAAUAGACCGUUUUUAUAAAGGCGGUGGCCUACAAAAGCUAAAACAUCAGCGGCAUUAUGCUCUGAAGUGUCUUACACCGUUCUCUUUGCGGCAGCAGAGCUUACUAUAGGUGGAAGUGCUACCGUCAUUAAGCGGUGCGGGUGAAUCAUAUAUCGUAUUAACGAGUUCGAGUUUCAAGGUUUUCUAAGGCAUUGCCAACAGAUGGCUCAUCCCUUAGAAUGUGUUUUAUGAAGGCAUUGAUAGAAAAAAAACGAAUUAAUUUUAUACAAGCGCUUCAAAUCGCUUCGCUGCAGUAGUACAGAUUUUUGAACGAAUUCACGUCUCUUAAUAUCAGUUGUGAUGCGAGGACGAUCAGUAUCAUCGUCAUCAUCAGACACCAUACUGCCCUGAUUAAUCAAUAGCGCGCGGAAGGAACCACCAUCAACCUCAGCCCCUCCAUCCCGUUGGCUGCACUCUCCUCGCAUCAGCACCACCCCUUUACUCCACCAGUGCGCUGGCAUCUCCCCCAGGAGCGCUGGGAGUGACGCAGAACCGAGCGGAAAGCUGCACCGUGCCUUGAGGGAAGAAGAAGCACUGAGAAGCAGGUGAUGCGAUCAAAAACAACCGGACCAGAGUAGCCCUAUAUCUGGGGACGGUGGCUGUAGAGAGGUGCUGAUCCCCGAUGCGUGGCCUGUUCGGGCAGAGGACGAGUGACAGCAGAGCUUACAAGGGUGUGAAUCUCCUCCUAAGCGUCCUGAUAGCGCAGUAGCACUCCUCCGUUCACACCAGAUUGGGGACGUGUUCUGAGCUUCUCAUCCUGCAGCUUCUCCUCCCCCUCCGGCGAUAUUAAACCUACACCAUGAACUACCUGCGUCGACGCCUCUCGGACAGCAAUUUUAUCUCCAAUUUGCCUAAUGGCUACAUGACGGACCUCCAACGCCCUGAGCCGGCUCAGCCCCCGAGCCCCGCAGUGUCGCCGGGGCCCCCGGAGCAGCGCCGCCAGUCCACCAGCCAGCAGCAGCCGUCUGGAGGUGGAGCCGCUGCCGCUGCAGCCGGUGGCGGUGGUGGUGGAGGUGGUGGAGGAGCCGGGUUCUUCUCGUCCUUAUCCAACGCUGUGAAGCAAACCACCGCCGCAGCAGCUGCGACACUCACCGAGGCAGCGGACAGAGCCGGGGUGUCGAGCAGUGCUAAGAUACUGCUGGUGAUCGACGACCAGCAGACGGACUGGGCGAAGGUCUUCAGAGGGAGGAAGGUCCAUGGGGAGUUUGACAUCAAGGUGGAACAGGCUGAUUUCUCAGAGAUCAACCUGGUGGCCCACUCCACGGGCUCCUACAGCGUGGACAUCGACGCCAUCAGAAACGGCCAUAAAGUCACUAAGUCCUUCAAGCCAGACUUCGUCCUGGUCAGAGAGCAUGCCUUCAGCAUGGCCAGGCACGGCGACCACCGCAGCAUCGUCAUCGGGCUGCAGUACGCUGGGGUCCAGAGUGUCAACUCUCUACACUCGGUCUACAACUUCUGUGAUAAACCAUGGGUGUUCGCCCAGAUGACCCGACUGUCAAAGACGCUGGGCCCAGAAGAGUUCCCGCUGAUAGAGCAGGUUUACUACCCCAACCACAAGGAGAUGCUCACUUCCUCCGUCUUCCCCGUGGUGAUCAAGAUGGGUCACGCUCAUUCUGGGAUGGGCAAGGUCAAAGUGGACAACCAGUACGACUUCCAAGAUAUUGCCAGUGUUGUCGCUCUGACCAAGACCUACGCCACUUCCGAGCCUUUCAUUGAUGCUAAGUACGACGUCCGCAUCCAGAAGAUUGGAAACAAUUACAAGGCUUACAUGAGGACUUCAAUAUCUGGCAACUGGAAGACCAACACAGGGUCCUCGAUGCUGGAGCAGGUGGCCAUGUCAGACAAGUACCGCAUGUGGGUUGAUUCCUGCUCCGAAGUCUUCGGAGGGCUGGACAUAUGUGCGGUAGAGGCUCUGCACGGCAAAGACGGCAAGGACUACAUCAUAGAGGUGGACGACUGCUCCGUGCCGCUGAUCGGAGACCAGCAGGACGAGGACCGAGUCCACAUCGCUGAGCUGGUGGUUACCAGGAUGAACCAGACCGUCCCGCGCUCCGCCUCCCCCUCGGCGGUCCGCUCCGCAGCUGGCCAGCCCCCUCAGAAGACGGUGUCCCCCCUGGCCGACUCCCAGACCAGGGUACCCCAGGCCCAGCAGCGCCCCCCGACGCAGGGUGGGCCCCAGCAGGGCCCCUCUCAGCAGCGGCCCCAGCCUCAGGGCCAGCCCCCUGCUGCCCAACCGGGGCCCAGCCCCACGGCCGCCAGCGACCCCGCCAGCCAUCCACAGCCCUCUAAACCCGGCCAGGGGCCCGGGGCCACUCAGCGGUCGGCUCCGGCGGCCGGCCAGGGUCAGAGACCCCCCUCUGGCCAGGGCUCACCCCAGCGGAGCCCCAGUCAGGUGCAGAGGCAGCAGUCCGCCUCUGCGCAGCAGAAGCCCGGAGGCCCCGGCCAGAAGCCCCCGGGGGGCCAGCAGAAGCCCCCGCAGCAGAGGCCCAGCCAGCCCCCCAGGCAGAUGUCCCAGGGCGGCGGCUCCCCGCAGCAGAGGCCUUCCGGGCCGCAGGGCCGCCCCGGGGGGGCCCCCACCACCCAGCAGCCCCGACCGGCGGGCCAGGGAGGGCCGGGCGCCAGACCUCCGCUGCAGCAGAAGCCCCAGCCCCCCCAGAAGCCCCGCCUGGAUGAGGCGUCUGCGGGCGGCGCUCCAGCACCAAAAAACACCGGAGACGUGGGCCAGCCUUAGCCGGGACCAGCUGAAGGCUGAGGCCGUACGCAACCUCGCAAAUCUUUUGCUAGUCUGUUCUCCAGCGGGGUGAGCGUCAAAUGCCCCCAGUGCAACUGACAAUAACAUGGAUUAACAGGACGGAGGAACCUCUACUCCUUCCCUUCAUCCCAGCCCCCAAAUCAAACAAGGACCAACAACAUGUCACCUAAUAAUGGUUCUCUCACACUGAGGCCAACGUGAACCCUAAAACACCCACUGCCGCAAUAGGUUAAACAGUAAAACACAAGGAUAGUUAAUCGAUGUAGACUUAGUCUGAAACAUUCCUUGACCCACUGAAGGCGCAGAUGCCUGGGUGAUUCAAUGACUCAUGUACUCACACUCAUUGGCUGUGCGUUCCUGCUUGCACUUGUAGAAGAUCUGCUUCCAUUAUGCGUACCCACACACACACACACACACACACACACACACACACACACACACACACACACACACACACACACACACACACACA